UGGAGACACCAUCAUCAAGGUGCAUUGCUGUAAAUACACCUCCACAAAUAUUUUACAACCUUGCUAUGUUGUCUGGAUUUCCCUGUCCACUCUCAGAAUAUAAAAACGAGUGUAUUUAUUAAAGUGCUGUUUUUCUGCCCUCGGCCUCAAGAUCUUUAAGCUGUGUCCUAAUAGACUUAACCUGCUGUAUACACACCACACCAGCUCCACUCUACCUGUAAGCCAUAGCUGCUUUUGAAAGCCAGCUGAAGGUUCACAUAAAGAAGGCACUGAUCUUGUUUAGUGUUCAAGAACAUAAGCAGGAUGUAUUUUUAGGCGCUAUGCUCACACAGACACCGAAACAGACAACACAGCAACACCUCUCAUUUCUGAAAUGUUUCAUCUGAGACUAAAAAAAGGCGCUGUCAUGUUUCAGUCUGACGGGAUGAUAGCUUGAUCUUGUUCCUGUGUGCUCCAGACCCCGAGAGUCACGUAGGACAAGAUGGCAAAAGUCUGCAGUGAAAACUCCUUUUCAGCCAGACAGCGGCUGCCCAACAGCACGUCGGACGAUGAGCUUGCUGUCAUUGAAAAUGGAGACAGCAGGAGCCACUCUCAUCGUGAAGACAUCUCUGAGAGAGACGUGUCCUCAGAGUCCCAUAGAAGCUCAUGGACAGGUGCCAGGACAGUGGCCAGGUUGUCCUCCUUCCUCCUCAUGCUGCAAAACUGGACAUCUCACAGAAUGAACCCUGCAGAAGAAAGGCAGGACUCCUUUCUUGAGCGAAUCAGAGGCCCCAAACUUAAAGACAUCUCCAGCGGAGAGAGCAACACCCAGUCUGUGGGCCAGCGUGAAAAACUUCGACAAAGAAAUCAGUGGCCUCUUGCUAUUUACAACAUAAAUAACUGCAACAACACGGAUGAAAAAAAAGAGGAGAAAAAAGAUGAAAUAAAGAAAGAGGAGAAAAAAGAUGAGAAGGACGGAGAAAAGAAGAAUGGGGAAAAUAAGGAUGAGAAAAAGGAUGAAAAGAAAGACGAGAAGAAAGACGAUAAAAAAGACGAUAAAAAGAAAGAAGAACCUCCAAAGGAAAUCUGGAUCAUGGAUCCAUCCACAGACCAGUACUACAGAUGGCUGAGUGUCAUUGCAGGACCUGUAUUUUAUAACCUGAUGAUGAUUGUAACAAGGGCCUGCUUCAAUGAUCUACAAGAAACCUACCCAAAGCUCUGGAUAGUUUUAGACUACACCUCAGACAUUAUCUACUACAUGGACACAUUUGUCCGAUCAAGAACAGGUUACCUUGAGCAAGGCCUGCUUGUAAAAGAUGCCAAAAAACUAAGAGAUAAAUACAGAACGACAUCGCAGUUUAAAUACGACAUGAUCUCAAUGAUUCCCACUGAUCUGCUUUUUUUCAAAUAUGGGUUCAAUAACCCAGAGUUCCGUUUCAACCGUCUUUGCAAAAUCCAGAGACUUUUUGAGUUCUUUGAGCGAACUGAGACCAGAACCAGCUUCCCAAACAUGUUCCGUAUCAGCAACCUUGUGCUCUACAUCCUCACCAUUAUCCACUGGAAUGCUUGUUUAUUCUUUGCAAUUUCGAAAAGCAUUGGUUUUGGGACUGACACUUGGGUGUAUCCCAAUGUCAGCCACCCAGAGUACGGCCGGUUGGCCCGAAAAUACAUCUACUCUCUGUACUGGUCUACACUUACGCUCACCACCAUCGGAGAGACCCCUGCACCUGUCAGAGAUGUUGAAUUCCUUUUUGUCAUUGGAGACUUUCUCACUGGUGUGUUGAUUUUUGCUAGUAUUGUCGGCAACGUUGGUGCUAUGAUCUCAAAUAUGAAUGCCUCUCGUGCUGAGUUUCAAGCAAAGAUCGACUCCAUAAAGCAGUACAUGCAGUUUCGAAAGGUCACCAAAGACCUGGAAGCCAGGGUCAUCAAGUGGUUCGACUACCUGUGGACUGAGAAGAAGACCUGCGAUGAGAAGGAAGUUCUGAAGAACCUUCCUGACAAACUUAAGGCUGAGAUUGCCAUCAAUGUCCAUUUGGAUACACUGAAGAAGGUGAGAAUUUUCCAGGACUGUGAGGCCGGACUUUUGAUUGAGUUGGUGCUCAAGCUGCAACCUCAAGUGUUCAGUCCAGGAGACUACAUCUGUAAGAAAGGUGAUAUUGGCAGAGAAAUGUACAUCAUCAAGGAAGGGAAGCUAGCAGUGGUGGCGGACGAUGGAGUCACUCAGUUUGUAGUGCUCAGUGAUGGAGCAUACUUUGGAGAAAUCAGCAUCCUAGGCAUCAAGGGUAGUAAAGCAGGCAACAGACGAACAGCAAACAUCAGGAGUGUAGGUUACUCUGACCUCUUCGCCUUGUCCAAAGAUGAUUUGAUGGAGGCGCUCACUGAGUAUCCAGAGGCUAAGAAGGCUCUGGAGGAGAAAGGCAAAGCCAUCCUGAUGAAAGACAACCUCAUAGAUGAGGCGGUCGCGAAUGCUGGUGCUGAUCCCAAAGACCUGGAGGAGAAGAUCGUCAAACUGCAGAGCAACCUGGAUGGGAUGCAGACCAAGUUCGCUCAGCUAAUGGCGGAGUUUACCUCCACCCAGGCGAGGAUCAAGCAGAGGGUCACUCAGAUGGAAGCCAAAGUGAAAUCCAUAAAACCAGAGGACCUCACUGAAGUGGUGGCUGACAAAGACAAGAAAGUCCAGUAACACCUUUCAGAGAACUCUUUGAAGCGACAUUCCUUCAUUUCAUGUAAAUGCCCACAUUUUUAUUUAAAAAUGUUUGUUUUAAUGUGUCAAAUUGUGUACAGUGUUUGCAGAAAAUAUGUUUUUGUGCAUGCUGCCUGACAAGCCCAGUUCAUUUUCUCAUGUUCAUGCCAACAUUUGGCUUCUAUAGCCUUAGUGUGAUAACAAAGCUGGAUGAAUCCCUGGUUAAUAUGUUGAUCUGUGUAAACUAUGUUUCUUAUACUGCAACUUUCGUACAUUGCAUGGGAAUGGACAGAAUGAAAAAAGCCAGUUUGUAUGUUACCAUAAGCAUACACUACCACAUGUAAAUCUCAUCUGUGAAUAAACCGUUCAUACAACA